AAUCUGGCGGACAUUGAUGGUCCGUUCGAAUCGCCUAUAGAUUUAAAUAUUGGAAAAAUGAAGAUCGUUGAGUUACCACCAUUGAUUUGGACCAACUAUCAGAUAGAACCGAAAAAAAUUAAGGCCACCAACACCGGACAUACGCUGAUAAUAAGUGCAAAAUGGCAUGUUGAGAGACCAUACUUGCGAGGUGGACCACUGAUUGGUAAAUACGUCUUUUCUCAAUUGCACUUUCAUUGGGGACGAACUUGUAUGGAGGGUAGUGAGCACACAGUUGACGGUACUCAAAUGCCAAUGGAAAUGCAUGUUGUGCACUUUAAAACGAGUUACUUAACACAAGAAUCAGCUCUUCGAGAGAAAGAUGGUGUAGUUCUAGUAGCAUAUCUUUUCAAGUUGCAAGCCACAGACAAUCCUCUCCUCACAACAGUUCUGAAAGCUCUAGAAAGUUGCCGAGAGCCUCACACUUCUACAAAAUUGCCAUCAAAACCAAUUUCGGAAUUAAUGAAAUACUUUGACAGCGAUUACUGUGUUUAUUGGUCAUGA